AUGACUCGUCGCGAGGCAAGACCUUGGGCGCGGCGACGCCAGAACGGCUCGAGCUGCCUGUGCGCGAAUCUGGGGAUCAAGCUUCGCAUCGAACAGAGACGGCCGUCCGGAGAGCUUCCGGGGUUCAUCCGGCUCGGGGUCCAUCGGUUCCGGUGCUUGGGAAGUUGGCAGGGGGAUGUCCGGGAUGCCAACGCGGUUGAUGCGCAGAGGGUUACCUCUUUGGUCCCAUUUCCCCCGUACAACUUCAAACAUACAGUCAUCGCGGCAACACGCUUUGAGAGCCCUUCUGAGGAGAGCUCCUUGGAUUCGUCCGCAUUUCGGUCGCUCGGACUCCCGGCUUCCUUUUCGGCUCCAGACGACCAACUAUGGGGUGCAUAUCAUCCGCUCCGGUUGUUCUCGCGUGGGCUCAUCGAUGCAGCCGGUGUCGCCAGAUCCACCGCCGCCGAUCGCUCACUGCAGGCUCGUCGUGAUGCCUCGCAUCGAGGAUGCUCGUCUCCGCAAAGACUCAGUGCAACGCCGAACAAUUACAACACCGGGGGAGGGGUCGAGGGGUUGUUGGUCAUCAGGUGCCGCCAAAAACCCCAGGCUAUUAAAGCAGCCGGGAUCGCCCAGCAGCUGCCACCGUCACUCCUACUCCUUCGAAUCCUUCCAGUCCAUCAACGUGAAGUUCGCAGUCUCCUACCAGACCCGUCUCCCGCAAUUUUCCGUGUGAAACCGAAAACAAUGCCGCCUGCCGCGACCGAGAACGCUGCGAUGGACGCCGCCAAAUCUGAGACCCAGACCCCGGUCUUGAGCACGAUGCCGGACAACGACUUCAGCUGGCAGAUAACACUCGGCCAGAAGGUCGUGGCCAUCACCGGUGCCAACCGCGGCAUCGGUUUGGGAAUCGCCGAGGUCUGUCUGGCCAACGCAGCCAAGGUGGUCUACUCGCUUGACCUGAUGGAGCCGGGCGAGGAAUUUGCUGCCCUGCAGAAGCGCUACCCCAACUUCCACUUCAUCCAAACCGACGUCACCUCGGAAGAUAGUGUUGAGAAGGCCAUCAACCAGGUCGUCGAGCAAGCCGGUCGCAUCGAUGGCCUGGUGGCCAAUGCCGGCAUGACCAAGCACCAGCCGGCUCUCAAAUUUGAGCGUCCCGAGCUGGAGAAGCUAUUCAACCUGAAUGUCUUCGGUGCCUACUUCUGCGCCCAAAUUGCUGCUCGCAAGUUCAUCGAGCUGGGAAUCAAGGGCUCCAUCGUCAUGACUUCCAGCAUGACUUCCUACCGCCCCAACCGCGCUGCUCCCUCAGCUCCGUACGGUGCCACCAAGGCUGCGGUUCGCAACAUGUGCCACACCCUCGCCAUGGAAUGGAGCAAGCAUGGUAUCCGCGUCAACAGCAUCUCGCCCGGUUUUGUGCGGACCGCCAUGACCUACUAUGUCGAGAAGUCGCCCGAUUGGGAUUUGAAGAUGCAGUACUAUGGCGGCAUGCCCCGUCUGGCCGACCCCCGCGAACUGGGUGGUGCCUACGUGUAUCUGCUGAGUGACGCGAGCUCCUAUACCACCGGCAUUGAUAUCCCCAUCGCUGGUAUUGUCGGCAUCGGCGCCGCCCGCAACUCGGCCGACUGCGUGCGCGGGAGCUUCCCGCAAAGCACGACAAGGCCGGCAGCAACACCCUCCCGCUCUCUUCUGUCGACACGACUACCCUUCAAGAUGGCGAACGAUCAGCCUGCAGGGGCCCGCGGCCCGAUCAAGUAUAACCAUGGCUGGCGCCGUAUCAUCCGCAAUUUCAGUCCUUCGUGGUUUGCAGUGACCAUGGGCACCGGCAUCGUGUCAGUGCUGAUGAGCUCGAUUCCCUUUCACACUCCGGCUCUUAACUAUCUGUCGAUCGUCUUCUUUGUUCUCAAUGCGGUCCUCUUUGCACUGGCGCUGAUGACCUCCAUCCUGCGGUACUCCUUGUAUCCAGAGAUUUGGCCGGUCAUGAUUCAGGACCCAACCAACUCGCUCUUUCUGGCGACGAUCCCCAUGGGGUUUGCAACGCUGAUCGAGAUGUGGGUCUUUAUCUGCGUGCCUCGGUGGGGAGACUGGGCCAUUUCGAUGGCCUGGGCGUUGUGGAUGGUGGACGUCGUGGCGGCAGCCGCCGUCACAAUGUCCCUCUCGUUCAUCCUCAUCUCUCAGCGCUAUAUCACUUCACUGGAUCGAAUCACGGCCCUUCAGUUAUUGCCCAUCGCGGCGACAAUCGUUGCCGCAGGGGUCGGCGCUGAAGUUGCCAGUAUUCUACCCAACAGACAGCACGCCCUGGGUACGCUUCUGGCCUCGUUCGUGCUCUGGGGAAUGGGAACCCCCCUGGCCAUAGUGGUUUUGGUCAUCUAUUACCAGCGAUUGGCCGUCCAUAAACUUCCCCCAAGAGAGACGAUCGUCAGCUGCUUCCUUCCCUUGGGCCCCCUCGGCUUCGGCGGAUUUGGGAUCAUGUACAUUGGAAAAGUGGCGCGGCGGCUCUUCGAGGAUUCCGAUAUCCUCGACCCGAUCGCGGGCUCAAUGGCUUACGUCCUUGGCGUGUUCAUCUCCCUGUUGAUGUGGAGCUUCGGCUUGAUCUGGCUAGUGUUUGCUCUUGCCACAAUCUUGAAAUGCUCACCUUUUCCCUUCAAUAUGGGCUGGUGGGGGUUCACGUUCCCACUGGGUGUGUAUGCCGCCAAUUCAAUGGAACUAGGUAAUGAGCUGGAUAUUCUGUUCUUCAAAAUAUUUGGUGCUAUUCUAAGCGCCACUGUAUUUGUUCUGUGGGCUCUUGUCGGUCUUGCCAGCGGAGAGUCAAGCCUUCCUUCCCGAUCAUCUUCAACCUCCGAGAUUUUCACGGUGUUCGCUGUUCUUUCUGUUACCAUGGAUUCGACGGAACACGAGUUCCCGUUUCUUCAGGAGGUCUUCACUCCGCGGGACGCCCACAAGGUCGACUUUGUCUUCGUCCAUGGUCUUAACCCUCGAGGUCGAAAUGAUCACCCUUUCGAAACAUGGACGCAUGCGAAUGGAACCUUCUGGCCGAGCGAGUUCCUGGCCGAAGACAUCCCGUACGCCCGAGUCUUCGUGUAUGGGUACAAUUCAAACAUCACGCACCCUCAAACCAUGUCUACGGCCAGCAUCAAAGACCAUGCCAACACCUUGUUAAAUUUGCUAGACAUGGAGAGAAGUCCUGUGCUCGUAAUAAUUCCUUUCGCUUUCUCCUCGUCUCCGGACACCACAACCAUAUACUCACAGAACACUUCUCCUGAUAGUCCUCGUUACCUCCACGGAUUAUCUUCAUCGGACACAGUCUGGGUGGCCUGGUGGUCAAACAGCGCAACAUCCGGUCUGGUCUUCUUUGGCACACCCCAUCGCGGCGCAAAGGCUGUUGAGCUGGGAAAGAUUGCCGCUCGAGUUGCCCGCUUCGUCUCGAAGGGUCAUGCAAGUAACGAUCUGCUCGAUUGUCUCGAACACAAUUCACUUUUCACCCGACAGAUGAGCGAUCGCUUCCGACACCAACUGGAAGACUAUCGGGUCGUGAGCUUCAUCGAAGGCAAAGAAGUGCAGCUUGGAGGAGUAGGACCGGCGUCGUUGAGUCACCUCGUCGUCGACGAAGAGUCUGCCGUCUUGGGUCUAUCUGGUCUGCGAGAAACUCAGCUAAAACUGGAUGCCGACCAUUCGCAAAUGUGCAAGGUGGGCAAUCGCGGUCCCAUGUACCGUCUGAUCAAAGGAAAUAUCAAGCAGCUGGUCGAUCAGGCACUUUUGUCAGAACAAGGCUUCAUUCCGCAACCCACUCCUCAUGCCUCCGCGGGACCCGCGCCGCCCCCCGUGCCUCCUCGCAUGCAUUCUAACAGCAGCAAUCCCUAUCAGCCACCAGGUCGCUCCGCUUCGACGACCCAGCGCGUCGCCGGGGCCAUUUUCACUGCCAGCGAUAAUGACCCACGGUCGGUGGAAGCUGCAGAGUUGAAAAACCGGGGAAAAUGGGACAAUGCGCGAGAUGUUGAGUACGAUAUUUUCCAAGAGCAUCUACGGGUGCUGGGGGCCGACCAUUACAGCACGCUCUCAGCCGGAUAUAACCUCGCCGAAGUCGAGUUGGAGGCGAGUUUCCUGGAUAAAGCGACGGAGUGGUGCCAAUGGGUGUCUGACAAUGCGCAACGAGUGUUUGGGGCUCGACAUUCGCUCUCGAUGAAAACUGAAAGCCUGAUGGCGGAGAUUCUGUGCCAGCAAGGCAAAUAUCAAGAGGCCGAGUCGAUGUGCGCCAACGUGCUCGCCCGCCAACAGAUGAACAUCGGCGAAGACCAUCUGGAUACGCUGGAAACUCGGAGGCGCCUCGCCAUGGCGUACAAUAUGUUAGGCAGGCGAGAAAAUGCCAUUGCGACCGCCGAAAAGCUCACGGAUAGCUACAAACGCUUGCUCGGUGAGAAUCAUAUCCGCGUCUUUGCAGCGGCCUUGGACACACUGGAAUACAUCAUCUACAACCACGGCGAUAGUGCGAUGGGACACAUCCUCGCCUUCCAGCCCGACAUCCAACGGGCCUUUGAGAUCAUCCCGAGCUUGCAUGAGGAGCUUCUCGCCGGCCUGGGCCGCACCCACCCACUGACUAUCCGCGCGCUCUCGCUGCAUGGCCGGGGUUUGACUCGCUCGCAGCAGAAUAUGGAAGCUUCCGAAACGUUUCGGCGCGCGCUGGCCAUUUCCGAGGAAGCGCUGGGCCCCGAGCACCCGCUGACCAUGGACAUUGUCGGCAAUAUCGGCGUGAUGUAUGCGCUACAAACCCCGCAGUACAUGAUGGGUACAAACCCGCCGUCCGAAGCUCUCCCCUGGCUGCUUCGCUAUUUGAAUUGGGUCGAGCGCCGCCGAGGCAUCCAUAAUCCGGAAACCCUCGCCUCGUUGGAAAUGGUGGGAAAUAUCCAUAUGGCGGCGAAGGAGUACGGACCUGCGCAGGAGUACUUUGAACGCGCCAUGGUGUCGUGCCGCGGCAAUAGUAACCCCGCCGCGGAGCAGCGGAUUGGCAGCAUGCUCCAGCUGUGUCGCGCGAAUACCAUGAUCUUCAAUAAUAAUCGUCGUUCGGGGUUAGAGGGCUUUUUAUCUGCUUUCCAACGACAGCGAUUCUAG